UUCAAUCAUCCAAACAUAAACACUGAACACAUAACCAGGCAGAGGCAGGGAGGGAGAUUUUGUUUUACACAGGGAGAGAGAGUUUUUGCUAUUUAUGUAAAGCUAAUGUUUCCUGAUUUUCUCUUGUUUCUGAUUUUUCAAUUCUUAAACUAUUAGAUUCUCUUUUUGUAUCUUCUUUCUGGGUUCUCUCCUACUCCCCUUCUCUCUCUCUCAAUUGAAAUCAAUUGGGGGCAGGCACAGAAAAGCAUAUUAGGGUUUAUCAAUUGCAGAUCAAAGCCCAGAAAGCUCAGAUUUUCUAGGGUUUUCUCUCACCUUUUUCAGAUCUCUCUUGUUAAUGUAAGUUUGUUUCCUCUUCUGUUUCUGUUACCCUUCAAUUCAAAAUCAGAAAGUGUAUGAAAAUUUCAAAUUUGUCUUCUGAAUUGUGACUUGGUGAUAUGGAGCGCUACAUGCAUAGACUCGUUUGUGUUUCUUUUGAUGAGUUUUUUCUGUAACGUUGUUUUCUUUUUCAAUGUGCAAUUUGAACUGGGGUUCUAUCGAUCAGCUAUGAAAAUGCCUUCGUUUUGAGGUGUUUAAACGUGGAGACCUUGAUUUAUUGUUGAGAUAAAUUAGGAUUAGGGCUUUGGGUUAGGGUUAGGACUUCUCUUAGUAGAUAUGAUUAAACAGAUAUUGGGCAAGCUACCUCGAAAACCCUCAAAAUCGUCGAAUAAUGACUCGAACAAUGACGGUGGGGUCAAUGCCUUUUCGUCUCUGAAUUCUUCCCAUGGACCGAAUUCCAUAAACACCUCAAAGUCGUCAUCGAUUUCUUCAAAGUCCAAUUCGGGUUUAGGCGCUUCACGCAUGAACAAUGGGACCAUUGCCCCACAGAACAAAUCUAAUCAAGGGAAAAAAUCCGCCACCGUUGCAGGCCAAGUGGGUCCCAUGUUGGCUUCUGGGGUUUAUGAGUCAUUGCCUAACUUCAGGGAUGUUCCUAGUUCGGAGAGGCAGAGUCUCUUUAUUAGAAAGUUGAACAUGUGCUGUGUUGUGUUUGAUUUUAGUGAUCCCUCUAAAAAUCUUAAGGAGAAGGACAUUAAAAGGCAGACUUUGUUAGAGCUUGUUGAUUAUAUUUCUUCUGUGACAUCAAAGUUCAAUGAGGUGACAAUGCAAGAAAUUACAAAGAUGGUGGCAGCUAAUUUGUUUAGAUCGCUUCCGUCUUCAAAUCAUGAUAACAAGAUUCUAGAAACGUAUGACCCAGAAGAAGAAGAACCGACCAUGGAGCCAGCGUGGCCUCAUCUUCAAAUUGUGUACGAGUUUCUUCUCAGAUUUGUGGCUUCAACAGAGACCGAUGCCAAGCUUGCAAAGAGGUACAUUGACCAUUCAUUUGUGUUGAAAUUGCUAGAUUUGUUUGAUUCUGAGGACCAAAGGGAGAGAGAGUAUUUGAAGACAAUACUACAUCGCAUUUAUGGGAAGUUUAUGGUGCAUCGGCCAUUUAUUAGGAAAGCUAUAAACAAUAUCUUCUACCGUUUCAUAUUUGAGACCGAGAGGCAUAAUGGGAUUGCUGAAUUACUUGAGAUAUUGGGCAGCAUAAUUAACGGGUUUGCUUUGCCAUUGAAGGAAGAGCACAAGCUCUUCCUUGUACGAGCCUUGAUUCCUCUUCACAAGCCCAAGUGUGUACCGAUGUACCAUCAACAACUUUCGUAUUGUAUCACUCAGUUUGUGGAAAAAGAUUUCAAGCUUGCUGAUACUGUUAUUCGAGGUCUUCUAAAAUAUUGGCCCAUAACCAAUAGUUCCAAGGAGGUUAUGUUCCUUGGUGAGUUGGAGGAAGUGUUAGAAGCUACUCAGCCAGCAGAGUUUCAGCGUUGCAUGAUCCCCUUGUUCCGUCAAAUUGGCCGCUGUCUCAACAGCUCACAUUUUCAGGUGGCUGAACGUGCAUUGUUUUUGUGGAACAAUGAUCACAUAAGGAAUUUGAUCACACAAAACCGUAAUGUGAUACUGCCUGUAAUCUUCCCUGCUUUGGAGAGAAACACUAGGGGUCACUGGAACCAAGCUGUUCAGAGUCUAACACUGAAUGUGAGGAAGAUAUUCUCUGAUGCUGAUCAAGAACUUUUUGAUGAGUGUUUGGUUAAAUUCCAAGAAGAUGAAGUGAAGGAGAGAGAAACACAGGAGAGGAGAGAAUCAACAUGGAAAAGAUUGGAGGAUGUGGCAGCAUCUAAGGCCAUAAGCAAUGAGGCUGUGCUUGUCUCAAGAUUUGCCUCCUCUGUGGCAAUUACAACUGUUACAAGUCUACACAGUACUGCUGGUAGUUGAUAGCCGCAGUGUGGAACUGUUGGAGUUUACCCUUGUUUGUAGUUGAAUGAUACAGGAGGGGACCUCAUUGGCAUGAUAGGGAAGAAUUUGUUUGGCUUCUCCGUGUUUGUCAUAUUAUCUCAUCAACAGGACAAGUGCAGGCAGGGUUUUGAGGGGAUCGGUUUUUCCUAUUUUUUGGGUUGUGGGCUCAUUCUGUUUCAUUUGAUAUUCUGCCAUUAAAGUGUAACCGUGUGUAUUAUAAGGGAUUUGAUUUAUAGAGGCAGUGCUUCUGAUUUCCUACCUGGUUAUUUCCUGUAAUGAUGCAAAGAAGAUUUUUCCUUCUGUGUUUCA